AUGUUCAAGCAUUAUCAAGCUGUGGUGAAGAAAGUCAUGGCCGAUUUGUCCGAGGAUGAGUUGGAGAAGGCGCAAGUCGCCCAUAAGAAGGGACCUGUAUAUAUGGAGCACUUUUCGAAUGAGAUGUGGAGACAAUGCGGGAUGAGAGUGUUUGUGUUGUCGGCUUGGAAGAAUGAACACGGAGAGGUGCUGUUCGGGAUGCACGAUGACAACAAGGCAUUAGGGGAUGGGGACAGCUUCAUGAAGACGAAGGACUGGGAGGACAUAGAGCUGGUUUGGCAGGAGUAUGCGCAGGAACAGUUUGGUGGUGAGGCACGGGAUGGAGGGCAACAGGUGAAGGGAGGGCAAAAAAGAAUGAAGAAACCAGUGUUCAAUCUGGAAAUGGACGGGGAUGGGAUGCCAUUGCUUCCGGACAUCACAGAAACAAAACUUGAGGAGAAGAAGGCCAUAGUGAGGGUUUUUCUUACAAAGCACUAUAGGAUCUGUUCUGGGAUUGACAAGGCCGUCGUGCUGUCCGGCGGAUGUAAACUUGAAGGAGCCUUCCAAGUUGCAAAAUUGGGAUACCACUGCCUUGCUCAAUUUCUGGCACAGAGGAACAAAGAAGGCGACAUGGUAGAUUCAGUUGUAUCCGAGAAAUCACCUCCUCAUCUGAAGCGUAAGAGGGUGAUGAUCUGGAGACCUUGGGAUUCAUCAACGGAAUCUGAGAGUGAGGCUGAGGGCCCUGGCAAUGUUGAACAUGAAGUUCCAAAGAUGCAAUUGAGGCACCGGCGAGAACAACUCGGAAUUUACACAUCUUUCUCAUCAUUCAACAUGUCCACUGCAGCUGAAACCUCUUUUGCCGAACUUAAGGCAAUCACUAGGCAGAUUGUUGACAUUGUCUGCAUGGCUCAGCUGCUCCCACCCGGCAACAGCCACUUGGCUCUGAAAGCACAAGUCACUGAACAGGUGGCUAAGGCCGUCCGGGACCAUGAGGAUGCACCUUGCAUUCUGGGCAUAGUCUUGUCCUGCUCCAAGGAGUUACUUUGCAUUCGGCAGGUGUCCCCCCAGGAUUCGCCCGACUGGCACAGCAUCAGCCAUAAUGAUUGUUGCCUCCAGAGGCACAGCUGGCGCCACAAGGUCUCCGCAUGGGAGGCUUUAGGUGACCAGACAUUUGAUCUUCCCGUUGAUGCCCCCAAAUCCCCUGACACUGUCGUGGUCGACCUUCCCUCCCCACCUGUCAUCGCUGGCAGCAUUGCCAGCCCAUUGUUCAGUACUAUCAACGAGUCCCGGGAGAAGCAUAAGGAUAAGGGUAAGGGUAAUGUGUUAGAUGCUGACCUGGAACAUGAGGUGGACGGGAGUAGGAAGAGGAAAUCACCCCUGAUUUCAGGACCCUUCUCCCAACCGCCAAAAUCCGCGAUGAAGAGUCGCAAGAGGGCAAAGUCAGCUCGGGUUGUGAAGUCAGCUGAGUUUGUGGAGUCCGAGGAUGAACAUGUGGACAAGCCGGCUGCGCAAGGAGGGCCGGUCAUCUUAGUUCAUAGUCUCACCUCAGUCUCACCCCAGAUCCCCAAGAAGAGACCUUUUGGCCCUGUGAAUGUAAUUGCCAGAAGGCAUGCGGACGUCGCCGGGCAGACGGACUCGACGUCCAACACCCCCAUGGUCACCCCAGUGGUGGCACCAACUGUCAUCAAUGGCCCUGCUGGAAGCCCUCUGGAGGUUGUUGAGCACUCGGACUUGGUGUCCAAUACCCCCGCGGUCACCCCGGAUGUGGCGCCAACUGUCAUCAAUACAGAUGACAUUCUCAUUCCCGGACCCAUGAAACAACCCAUGCUGGGCUUGCAACAAUGUGGAGUUGCCCUGCACGACCCGGUUCGACAAGAGGACUGGGAAAGGCCUUCUCUCCUAAGUCCACCGAAACGGUCGUGGGGUAAGUCGACCACCCGGAAGGCCAGGUCCCAGACACCUUCCAAAGGUCCGUCCACCUCCCAACCAAAGGCCCGGGCCUGCAGCCAAUCUCGUGGUGUAGCUGGAGCUACCAGUGCCGGUGCUACCAGAACUGCCAGUGGGUCUGCUGCGACCAUGCCUAAGACGCACGGUUGCAGCAAGACAAUAACUGCUGUCAAGGCACCUGCCCCACCACCUACACCCUCACCUGCACCAGCUCAUGCCUGCGUGCCUCGUGGGGCUCUUGAUGUCCCCAUGCCGGACCUCCAUUCCAUGGCAAUGACUAUUUGCGAUAGUGCCGGACGCAUCAACGCUCUCAAGGAUCUUGUUGCCGAGCAGGGCAGACGUAUCAAUACCCUCACAAGGCUCCAUGAGAGCCUUCAAUGCGGAACCAUGGAACCCCAUCCCUCAUUUCCCCUGCCCACUACUCCGGCAAUUGCAACGUCUUUGUUGCUUGAUCAAUCCGUCGCUGGAACAACGUCACCCUCCCAAUCCGCACUCCCUCCUCUCAUCAAUCUUUCAAUGGCAGUAUAUGACACAGUGAUGGAGCCCACACCCUCGAAAAUUGAGGAUCCCUCUGCCAUCAAGGGUCUUUCAUUUGAGCCGAGCCAAGUUCAACCAGCCCUGGACCCAUCACCUACUCCCCCAACUGCUGGAGCCAUUUUGGUGCUGGAUGAUCCACACAACCUUGUCCCAGAAUACAAUUCUGCUGAUGAGAUGGAUGUUGAGGUGAAGGUUGAAGUUGAAGGUGGUGAUGAGGGUCAUCUGGGCGAGGUUGACAUGUCUACAUAA